CAGUCUGGCCCUCCCUGCAAUUACCCUGCGCGCCCUGCCGGUGAGCCUUGCGGUGCGCUGACGCCUAGACACACAACAUGUCUCCUCCUCUGGCCCCAUCCCUCGAGACGACUACAUCCUGCCUACUAUUCUACGUACCACCACCACCAUCAUCACCAUCACCACCACCUCCGAGACUGCAAUGCGGCGAAUGUUCCUGCCACACUCCUACUCGCACAUAAACUGACUGUCGUACGCGCACGAUCCGAUCCAUGACUACGAAAUCGCACAGGCGCCGGUGGAGCCUCUUCGGCGGCAGCCCGCCAACACCACCACCAAUGCCAGCGCCGGACUCACAAUCACCGAACCAUAACCAGAACCAGAGCCAACCGUCGACCUCCGCGAGGAAGACACUGACGAAGCGGCCUUUCGACAGCCGAGGGAACUCCCCGCCUGUUGCUGCAGGAGGCCCGUCGGGAACGCGAGACCUGUCCACACUGGCCGAAGAGGAAGAGGACAGGGACAAAGGGAGGUUUUUGGGAAUGCGGCUGUGGAGAAGGGGGGAUACUAAGGCGGCUUCGGCGGAGAGUGUUGUUCCGCAAGCGGUGGAUGGCGCGCAUCCGGACGCCGCAAGGGCGAUUGCGUCGACGACGAUGACGCAUGGACAUGUCGUACAUGGGAAUCCGCAGGAUACGACCGAGCCCCCGCCGGCGACGGUGGUGACUUACGAUGAGGACGCGGGUUGGACACGGACGAUGGCGUCGCAACCCCCCGCCUCCGCGCCGCUGCCGCCGACGUCUCUCGCGCCUGAAGCGAGCGCCUACAUGGCGUCCAUGGCAGACCUCGCUAGGAGAUCGUCCUCGACCGCACCGGCUGCCCCGCAGGUACCGUAUUCGCAGCAGAAUCGACGGAGAUGGUCCGAGACUCCGGCUUACUUGGGACCGGCGGUGCCCGUGGAAAUAGUUGCGAUGCCAGAUGUCACACAGUACAUACCGCCGCGGCAGCGGAAACUGCAACCACCGUCGCUGGUCCCGCUGGCGGAGGGUCCCGUUCAACCGGGUAUGCCGCCGCGCAGACCACCACAGAUUCCGCCGGCGGGCACUCCUAUGCCAUCCCGACCGGUAAGCAUCGUAGAUGCUCCGGUGGUCUCGACCGUUCCACUUCCGCCCAACUUGGUAUCCCAAGCGAGUGAGCCAAUAGUUCCGAGGGUUCCGUGGCCAACAGAAGACCCAGCGAUACCGGACCCAUAUCUUAUUUCCCGCGCGACCGAGCCAGUGAUUCCAACCUACGACCGGCCGCCUUCGACUGGACCCAAACCCUCUCUAUCGCCCGCUUUCAACAUCGCUCCACCACCCCUCCCCAACAACUCUCUGCCCAACUCGCAUGCCCGGCGUCACACAUGGGUAAACAUACGUCCGGUUCUCGCCGACCUCCACGAGGAGCAUGCGCACGAUGCAUUCAGGGUGGAUACACAGUCCCGAAGGCGACAACCUUUCCUCGACGCCCACAUGGAAGAGCAGGACCCCCGACAUCACGCACCUGGAAACACAACCCCAACGCGCAAUUCGCUCGACAGCGGCCGAGGCACCAGUCAAACAUCGACACCAAAAAGUGCGAACCGUCGGCACAGCAUGACGUUGGACAGCCCCGGCGGAUCUCUCGCGCAGCCACAAGACGAGCGGUGGGCGCAGGAACAAGAUGAACGGCGCGCGCAGAUGGAAGGAUUCGGAGAGCUGCCCAAGUCCACAGCUCGGGCUUCCGUUCCGAUGCCGGCGUUUGCCGUGGGCCCGCCGGUGGCCGUGUCCAGACCCUGGGAGCCGGAGCUGGGACCACUGACGUUCCACGGAAAGAGGUUGGAAACUACACCACUCGCCCGAUCCGCCUCGCAGAUUGCACGCCCGGCAGAGCUGCAUUCCGAUCAUAUCCCCGCUGUGCGCAUAGGGAAUGAGGCUGUCCCUUCAGCGCUGAUUCCUGGCCGCCACAAUAAACGGAGGGAAGCGACCGAGGUGAGGAUUGAGGAUGUGAGGGCCCCAGAGACCCCGCAUCCGCUGAACCGCGAGGAUCUGGCUACAGCCGAUCUCGAGGACGCGGUACCGUCGGUGAGGGAAAAUAUCACCCGGAGGCAAACGGAGCCCGUGCCGAUAUUACCUUCGCAGUCGGAAGUUGGGAGAAGUGUCCGGCCAAGAGCUGUCACUAGCGUCACUAUGCCACCUUCCCUCACAGUCAUACCACCGUCUCCGCCGGCACCUGUCACUCCUACUUUUGCCCCGGAACUGUAUGGGCGGCAUUCCGAGGAGCAGAGCAGUCUGGGACAAAUGGUUCAAGGAGGUUUAGGGGCAUCAUCAUCUUCGACUGUUCCGCACGAAGAGUCCAUGACAGAGACUGCCACCCAGGAAUCAUCUCCGCAAUCCCGCAUCGUGAGCAGAUCUGGAUCUCCUAUGGGACCUGCACCGGCCGUACCGGUCUACACUCCGCCGCCUGCACCACCACCACCGUCCCUUCCACCGAUAACACCGCCGACUCCAGGCACUCCCUCCACUGCUACCUGGACUAGCGCUUCGAGUUCGGUGGAGGAUCUUUUAUCACUGGAACCUGCGCCUGUGCUUGUGCCUCCGGAACGAGCUCCGCCCCCACCCCCGAUGGUGGAUGCGGAACCAUCGCCCCCUCUGACACCAACGAAACCGCCGCCCAUGGUACUGACGAGGACAUCGCCUGUUACGAGUUUCGUCAUGGAGCCUCCCGCCGUCGAAACGUUUGCGCCGAAAGUGGUGACCCCAUCCGCGCAGACCCCUGCACCUCCGACCGCAGGCCCCCCAUCCCCUCCUACCAGGGCGCCCCCGCUCCCCCCAAACAGGGUGCCCCCACCCCCUCCCACUAGGGCACCGCCAGCUCCACCUCCACGUCGCGGUACUCGCAGAAAACUCCUGGCAACACCUGAAGUCACCUCGCCAACCAAGACACCACUGGAUGCUACUCAGACCACAUACCCGCUGCCUUCUAGGCCUCCCCCACCGCCACCUUUACCACAUAAACAAUCAAGCACAUCACCAUCACCAUCCGCCACCCCAACCCGAAAACCUUCAGCAGCCCCGUCAACCCCCUCCCCAACCUCCCCACCUGCUCCCUCACCCCCACCGCGCCCACCCGCAAUAACCGUCCCACUGCAACUCUACCCAGUCGGAACGUGGCCCUCGGCCCCCCGGCUCCCAGAAUCGCCAGCCCUGCCCCUACCCAUAUCCAAUCCCACCAAUCUCACCAAUCCCGCCAGUCCCACCAGUCCCACCGACCCCACCGCGCCCCCACCGCUCCCGCCAAAACCACUCCCCUACCUCUGCAAGCACUCGGCAGAAGAGCCAACCGCUACAGAGCUCGCUGCUGUCAUCGAUACGUUCGCGCCCCCGUCGCCGAUGUCGUUCGGGGGCUCGAGUGAUGGCGGGUAUCACUCACGCUCUCGCGGUAACUCUCACUCGCGGUGUAAUUCGGGUUCGAGCGGGGAUAUACCGCCACCGCCGCCGCCGACAGCACAAAUGGGGGCCGAGUUACCGGCGGAGACGUUGCAGGUGCUCCCGUUCCGCGGUGCGGCGAAUGGAAGCGCGAACGGGAAUAGGAACGCGAAUGGGAACGGGAAUGGGAACUCGCACGGCAAUAGCGGCGAUCGGUACCACCCCCACCCGCAGCGGAAGACGAGCAGGCGCACGCGGCUGCGGAAUGCGCUUGCUGAGGCGAAUGCUGGGCAGGAUGGGCUCGUGCAGGGUGAGGGGGAUGGUACGAAUGUGGUCCUGGGGCAGGCGGGACAGGAGCGGGUGGGGCAGGAGCGCCCGGUUAGGAGGGAGAUGACUGUUGGACGGAAGGCGGUGGGUGGGAGUGGGAGGGGGGUGUAAUACGUGAGGACUGGGG